AUGAGAGUAAGACAUGUUUCAUUAUGGGUAGUUCAGAAAAAAGAAAAGUAUUUGUGUGAUUCCAAAAAGACUUUUGAAUAUUAUGAUAUAGAAGUAGAAAUUGAUCCCUCAUCAUCACCAUCAUCAUUCAGUUUAAACAAUAGUAAUAAUAAUAAUUAUACAACAACAGUAACAUUAGCAUUCAGUUUAAAAAAUAGUAAUAGUAACUAUAAUUUAAAUAGUAGUAUUAGUGAAUAUAGCAAUCUAAAUAAUAAUAGUAUCAGUUUAGCCCGAAGCGCAAGUUGUAGUUGUAAUAGUAAUGAUAGUAAAAGUAACAACAAUACAACAACAGCAGCACCGGAUCCUACAACAUUCAGUUUACAAAAUAGUUAUAGUAACUAUAAUUUAAAUAAUAGUAUUGGUGAAUAUAGCAAUCUAAAUAAUAAUAUUAUUCCAAUCAUUUUUUCAAAAGAUACAAGUAACUCUGUUCCAUGUCAAGAUGUUUGUCCAUUAGCUGUUAUUCCACUUGCUAGUAAAAGUCGUCAACCAUUGUUUCAUGUAUUGAGAUUGGAGGUCAAUUUAGAUUGUGACUUCAAACAAAAAGAAACAUCUACAAGUCUUGCUGAUCUCCUUAGAAUUAGCUCCAGAAAGAAUCCAUUCAAAAUUGUUUGA